GCGCGCUAGCAGACUGGAGGAGCGGCGUCGGGACAGACAGGAGAGGACUGCUGCGGGACGGGAGCUCCAGUCGCUCCCAGUGGCUACGGCUACAGUUAGCUGGCUAACUGCUGCUAGCUGUUGGACAGCUGAAAAUGUUUACUUUCUGCUUGUUAACGGAGCGGAGAGUGGUAGCAGCGACGGGGGAUCGUGCCAUGACUUCCCAGUGUCUUGUUGGCGACGUUUACGAGCUUUGAGCUAUGCUCCCGCGAAAGAAAAGUAAAAAAGAAGCGUCAAAACCGGCCGAGGUACACGGGAAAUAUGUGAAGAAGGAAACGUCUCCGCUCCUCAGAGAUCUUAUGCCCUCGUUCAUCCGCCAUGGACCCACCAUCCCCAGACGAACCGAGGUCCCCCCGCCGGAGAUGGCGCCCUCUUCCUACCCCGCGGCGACCAGCAGGGAGUCUGUGCUGUCCCGCACCAAGAGCGUCCUGCGCGCGGCCGUACAGAGGCCGCCGCACGAGGUGGCCCGCAGAGAGAGCCACCGCAUGUCGGCGCCGCCGUACCUGCCCCGCAGCCUGGGGGACGUGUCCCACGAGUACCGCGGCUCCACGCAGUCCUUCCUCACCGAGGCGGGCCCCAUGUCCGAGAACGGAGACGCCGCCCGCUACUACUACCCGGCCGAGCCCUAUUACGAGAACCAGCCGCAGCGUCCGCCCCGGAGGGUCCAGGAGCGCUUCCCGGACGAUUAUAGAUACUAUGAACACAAUGAAGCCAACUUCCAAAGACUUCCCCACCAACACGCUUCCCCCGCGCCAAGCCGACCCCCCUCAGGCAUAGGUCGAAUACAGGCCAAGUCUCUGGGGAACCUCUCCAGCCUAACCGCGGAGGACCUCCCCCUUCCGGCCGGGUGGACCGUUGACUGGACCAUCCGCGGCAGGAAGUACUACAUCGACCACAACACCAACACCACACACUGGAGCCACCCUCUGGAGAGGGAGGGGCUCCCUCCAGGCUGGGAGAAAGUGGAGUCCGCUGAGUUCGGGGUCUACUAUAUGGACCACAUCAACGAAAGAGCUCAGUACCGACACCCAUGUGCCCCGAGCGUGCCCCGUUACGACCAGCCCCCACCGCCCCCCGUCACCUAUCGGCCACGCCCACCCGAAAGGAACCAGCCGGUGCUGGUACCAGCCAACCCGUACCACACGGCAGAGAUCCCAGACUGGCUGCAGGUGUACGCCCGCGCUCCCCUCAAGUAUGACCACAUCCUGAAGUGGGAGCUGUUCCAGCUGGCCGACCUGGACACCUAUCAGGGCAUGCUGAAGCUGCUGUUCAUGAAGGAGCUGGAGCACAUCGUCAAAUCCUACGAGGUGUACCGCCAGGCGCUGCUGUCGGAGCUGGAGGCGCGCAGCCAGCGGCAGCCGUGGUACACUCAGCAGCCCAACAAGAACUUCAUGGGCAACAUGUGACCGCUUCUCUCGGCCACGCCCGGCCGAGGUUGCAGCAGUGUGGGAGCGGCCCCUGUUGCCUUUGAUAUCAACAUUGACUCGUAAUUGCUUCCUUACCAAAUACAUCCGUGCCUUCGCUUGAUCCAAAUAUAACAGCCAAGAGGUCAAAACACUCCCUGACAGCGUGGAGGAGGAGGAGGGGGGGGUGCUCACUUUAUGAAUGACUGAAAGAAACAGUAGAAUGAAGACUGUGUGGAGGCUGCUUGUGGUGUUUAAAACCACCCAAAUCAGACGUGAAUCAUGGUGCAAUUCCACUUCCUUUUUGUUUUUUUUUCAGGACUGAGCUGCACCAUGUCUGAAAGUCUGGACACCUGUUGAGAACGAUCCCGAGACUGUGCCUUUAAUAAAGUAAAAUGCAGCAACUUAGCCAUUGUUCGCCCGUAUCACGCGUACACCGUCUGAUCCGUCUCUUUUUUUUUUUCUUUUUUUUUUUCUCCUGCAGGGCGAAUUGACCGGCAGCUUCUUCUAUUUAAACACACUUUUUGUUUCCUUUUGCUUUGUAACCCUCAUAAACUAAAACAAUACUCUUAGGGUAAAUAAACAUAUGCAUUGCUCUUGUUUUUUGCAGACACUCUGUACACUAAAAGACAAUCCAAAGGUUUCUGUCAUCUUGAAAUGUUGUGAAACACUUUUGCUGCGGUGGUUUGAGCAUCUCGGCUCACCUGGCAUUACUACCAAUCAGGAAUAUUCCUGUUUUGUUUUUUUUGUUUUGUUUUUUUCUUUAAUAAAACAAAGAUAAGCUACUGGACAUUUUACCAUACCUUUUAAAAACAUAUAAAGUUUGCCAAAUGAGUGCAUUUGACUUGAAACUGCUGUGAA